UACGAGGCGCUUUCAUACACAUGGGGCGACGCAAGCUCACCUUUGAGCAUCCGCCUUGACAAACAGGACUUCAAGGUCACCGCGAACCUCCAUGCUGCUCUCACCGUCCUGCGUCUCCCGACGGAGCCCCGAAUUCUGUGGAUCGAUGCUAUCUGCAUUAACCAGCACGACAAUGCGGAGAAGGCUUUCCAGGUCCCGCUGAUGGGCAUGAUCUAUUCACGCGCUGCCACGGUCAACAUUUGGCUGGGACCCGAGGAAGCUGGAGGCGGGCCCAACUCCAUUUUUGACAUUCUGGACAAGACCAAGUUGGCGGGUGUUGACGGCAAGCGUCUGCAGCUCAGGACCCGUGGCAGAAAGCGAGUGACCAUCGAAACAUGGAAACCGCGGCUUGCCGAGCUGAAGGCCUUUUCCAGUCGGCCGUACUGGACCCGCAUUUGGAUCAUCCAGGAAGCCACGCUCGCC